UGAAUCCUUAGCUAAUAUUGGAUAUGAUAUGAAUUUAUGUACACUCAAUUAAGUAACUACUAUAAAUCAUUCCCUUUGAAUAUAUCUACUAGCUUCAUAACGCCACAAAUUUACUUCUCUUUUCUCUGCAACACAACACAACAUAGCCAUGGCUGCUUCAGUCUCUACUAUUAGAGCUGUCAGUGGAACUCCACUGAGCUUAAAUAGCUCCGGAACAGUAACCUCAGUUCCAAGUUCAUCCUUCUUUGGAAGCAGCUUAAAGAAAGUUACAUCAAGAAUGACCAACUCAAAGGUUUCAAGUGGAAGUUUGAAAAUUGUUGCUGCAGAUGAGGGUGAUGAGAACAAGCAAACUAAGAAAGACAGAUGGGCUGGUUUGGCCUAUGAUAUCUCAGAUGAUCAACAAGAUAUUACAAGAGGAAAGGGUAUGGUUGAUUCUGUUUUCCAAGCUCCACAAGAUGCUGGAACUCAUUAUGCAGUCAUGAGCUCUUAUGAGUACAUUAGUACUGGACUCAAACAGUACAACUUUGACAACACUAUGGAUGGAUUUUACAUAGCUCCUGCUUUUAUGGACAAACUUGUUGUACACGUCACCAAGAAUUUCAUGACCCUUCCUAACAUUAAGGUUCCUUUGAUUCUUGGUAUAUGGGGAGGAAAAGGUCAAGGAAAAUCAUUCCAAUGUGAACUUGUAUUUGCAAAGAUGGGAAUCAACCCAAUAAUGAUGAGUGCUGGAGAACUAGAAAGUGGAAACGCAGGGGAACCAGCAAAACUAAUAAGACAGAGAUACAGAGAAGCAGCAGACAUAAUUAAAAAAGGAAAAAUGUGUUGUUUGUUUAUAAACGAUCUUGAUGCAGGUGCUGGUAGAAUGGGUGGAACAACACAGUACACAGUAAACAAUCAAAUGGUAAAUGCAACACUUAUGAACAUUGCUGAUAACCCAACAAAUGUUCAACUACCUGGUAUGUAUAACAAGGAAGAUAAUCCACGUGUACCAAUCAUUGUUACUGGUAAUGAUUUUUCAACAUUGUAUGCUCCUCUUAUUCGUGAUGGACGUAUGGAGAAAUUCUAUUGGGCACCUACAAGGGAUGAUCGUGUUGGUGUUUGUAAAGGGAUUUUUAAACAUGAUAAUAUUUCUGAGGAGGCUAUUGUUAAGAUUGUUGAUACUUUCCCUGGUCAAUCCAUUGAUUUCUUUGGUGCAUUGAGAGCCAGAGUAUAUGAUGAUGAAGUGAGGAAGUGGAUUUCUGGUAUUGGUGUUGAAACCAUUGGAAAGAAGCUUGUGAACUCAAAGGAAGGGCCUCCAACAUUUGAACAGCCUAAGAUGACAGUGGAGAAACUAUUGGAAUAUGGUAACAUGCUUGUUCAAGAACAAGAGAAUGUGAAGAGAGUCCAAUUGGCAGACAAGUAUAUGAGUGAGGCUGCUCUUGGUGAAGCUAAUGAUGAUGCUAUUAAGAGAGGAACUUUCUAUGGCCAGGCAGCCCAACAAGUACAUGUUCCUGUUCCUGAAGGUUGCACGGAUCCAAAUGCCACAAACUUCGACCCAACAGCUAGAAGUGAUGAUGGUACCUGCGUAUACACACUUUAAGAAUAUAAGCAUUCUCCUAAAGAGAGGAGAUGUUAAGACUUGAGAUAAUCAAAUACUUUUAUCAUCAUCAUCAUCUUGUUUAUAUUGGAUAAUUUGGAUUGUUGUCCUUUAUAGUGUAUUCAGAUUUUUUGUGCACUAAGAUGAUAAUCGAAUUGGUUCCAUUUCUCUUUUC